AUGACCACAACACAGCAUCAACGCGAGCAAGAUGCUCUAGAAGAAAAUAUCAAAAUACAAUCAGAUCCGGAUGCCGCGCCCAUAGAACCUCUCGAAUCCGACGAAAAAGGCAUUCAAAACUCUGUUUCAGCAAUCGAACAGCCUUCCGACGAUGGCCUGUACUCGGUAUUUUCGCCAACGCAGAAAAAGUUGAUUGUUUUUACGGCAUCACUUGCUGGCUUCUUUUCUCCGUUGAGUGGAUCUAUCUACUACCCGGCGCUGAACACGAUAGCGGAGGACUUGGGCAUCACAUCAACAAAGGUCAACCUUACAGUCACGACAUAUAUGAUUGUACAAGGACUGGCUCCUAUGUUGACUGCAGGAUUUAGCGAUGGAGCAGGUAGGAGACCAGCCUAUAUCGCUUGUUUCAUCAUUUAUCUGGCUGCAAACCUUGGUCUGGCUCUACAAAACAACUAUGCAGCACUACUGGUUCUUCGUUGUUUGCAGAGUGGUGGCAGCAGUGGCACUAUUGCACUCGCAAAUGGAGUCGUGGGUGAUACCAUCACAUCUGCUGAGCGUGGAAGCUAUGUCGCCUUUGCCUCUGUAAGCUCAAUCCUAGGACCAACUCUGUCUCCCAUCCUAGGAGGUUUGCUCAGCCAGUACUGGAACUGGCACGGUAUAUUCUGGUUUCUGCUGGCUUUUGGAGGAGUCUUUUUCAUUCCACUAUUCCUGUUCUUCCCAGAGACCUGCCGGAAUGUGGUUGGCGAUGGUUCUAUACCACCACCCAAGCUCAACUGGAACCCCACGGACAAAAUCAGACACGAAAAUCGAGAAAAGGCUGGACUGCACGUCGAUGAGAAGAAACAAGAGGAGCUUCGCAAGAAAUAUCGACUCAGGUUUCCGAACCCACUAUCUACGCUUGUCGUUCUAGCAGACCUGGAGUCAGCUUUGAUCUUAAUCGCUUCUGGAUUAACCUUGUCUUGCUUCUAUGCCGUCAGCACUGGCGCUUCCACAGCCUUUCGAAGCGUAUAUGGCUUUGACGACAUGCAAGUUGCGCUGAUGUUCAUUCCCUUUGGAGUCGGAGGCAUCGUGUCAGCCUUCACGACAGGAAAAGCCGUGGACUGGAAUUAUCGACGACAUGCCAAAAUCAAUGGCUUCCCAUUCAUCAAGAACAAACAACAAGACAUGACGGAAUUUCCUCUGGAAAAAGCUCGUUUGGAGAUUGCGAUGCCUCUAUUUUACCUAGGUGCAUUAACUAUCCUAGGCUACGGUUGGGUCAUGGACAAACAUGUCUCGCUGGCGGGACCAAUCAUACUGUUGUUUGUCAUGGGCUACGCACUUACUGCAGCGUUCCAAGUCUACAAUAUCUUGAUCGUAGAUAUUUACCCUGGAAAGCCGGCAACGGCUUCAGCAGCGAACAACAUCGUACGCUGCGAAAUGGGAGCUGCAACAUCAGCAGCCAUCGUACCCAUGACCAAGGCGAUGGGCAAUGGAUGGGCAUAUACCCUACUAGCUUUCUUGUUGAUAGCUUACUCGCCAGCAAUGUUGUUGUUGAUGAAGUCAGGGAUAAAAUGGCGGCGAGCAAAGAAGCAAAAACAAGAAGAGCAAGCGGCAAAGAUCGCGAAAAGCACAAUCGUAGAGUCCGAAAAGCCGUAG